GACUGUUGUUAACCAUCUUAUCGCGACGUUCGGUCCGCGGCAGUGGUCUACCAUCAUUGUUCGAUCGAUCCGCGCGCCAGAAGUGACCACAUAGUAACACUGACCGUAUUGUUAUAAAUAUUAAUUAUCGAUAUUUAUAUAUAUAUAUAUAUAUAUAUAUAUAAAUAUAAUUUAUUAUUAUUAUUAUUUAUAUAUAUAUAUAUAUUUUACAUAAAGAUUAGUAGCGCACGUCAUUCCGUCGGCCUAUAGAAAUAUUUUCAUAUUACGAAAAAAACAUUUAUUUCGCACGCGAUCACGAUAUUAUUGGUAUAGUAGCAAUAAUAAUAAUAAUAAUAAUAAUUAGUUGCUAUUGUUAAAUAAUUAACGCGAGUCGUUGUUUGCCGCCGCCGUGUUGUUGUUAUUAUUUUUUCUAUUUUAAUAAUAAUAAUACAUUGUGCCGUAUCGACGGACGGCUGUCGCCGGAGGAGUGCUCGAUAAAAAAAAUAUUACCGCGGUCGCCGUCAAGUGCCAGUUUUUCGCGUCCCGACCACGGCACGGCACAGGAUCGACACGGGCCUACACCGCCAGAACCAAAAUAUCGCCUCCGUGUGUGUCCAUCUUUGGAUCAUUAUUUCGCCGACGAACGUGCGCGAACGUUACUCGAGGAUAUCUCUCGAAAGGUUGAAUUUGCUCAUUAAGUAUUUUUUGAAACUGGAAAGACAUUUGAUGAAAAUUACAAAGAUGUUUAAACCAAUGCGCCCAAGAAGAAAUAGCUUACCGAGCAACACGCAUAGAAGUAAAACAAAAGUUUUACCAAAAACGGAUUGUAAUCCGUUGAAAAGUUCUAAACUGAUUCACGAUUCGAGGAAACCCAAAUCAAAAACGCCUGCUUGCGUCAAGCACCUUAGCUACGAUGAAUCACAUUCUAAGACUAAAAUUAUUAGGAAUUUUGUAGAUCGUAGCUUAUCAGAUGGAGAUGAUAAUAUUACAGAUGACAGAACACUAUUUCACAAAGGAACUAAGCGAAAUCAACAUACUAAAGAUAAAAGACCUAAUUUGUUACGUUCGCAACCUAUCGACACUCCAUUCAAACGUCUACAAGAUGUGCCAUUACAUCACAGCCCGCCUUCGUAUGAGUCUCCCAAGAAGUUUGGACAAUGCAAGAAAUUUAAAGAAGAUGAUAUCCAACAAAUGGUUAUUGAAAAGUACGCUCUACUUCAACAACUGAUGAGCUUCAAUGAGCGGUGCCAGUCACCUGGGGAUGAUAAAUAUUACGCCGGAGCCAAAUUCAACAAUUGCCCCUCUCCCGGAGACUUACCGUUGCCACCUACGCAAUGGUUAAGCUCUUGUCAAGCCGAAGCUAAGAAAAUGCAAAAAUCACAUCUUCUCUUCAACAUAACUAUCUAAGCAGUCUUUGGAGUUGCCUUUGGAAUAUUAACAAUUGUUGUUUUAUUAUUUUUUUUUUUUUAUGUUAUGUUUUUACACAAUGAUGUUUAUUGUGAUUUUCCUUGAUUUAAUGUAUACACUCUCCACCUUUUAUAUUGUAAUCAAAAAGGGAAAAUCAUUGUAACCCCUCCCCCCCCUUUCUUUACCUUUGGUCAUGAUGGAGUUGUCUUCAAAUUUUAAAAUUUUAACUUUCAAUAGGCAUUAAUUUUUUUUUUUCUAAAUAGUUCAUAUGUAAUGAAAUUUAUUGACAUUUUAAUUUAGUAUUCCAUGUUUAAUUACAUGUUAUAUAGUUUAUUAUUUUACCUUAUCAGUCUUUUUUAAAAGUUAAUUUCUAAAAUUUAAGUAACAAAAUUAUUUAGUUUUAACAUUUUUGUUUUUUUAUUGUUUUAUGACAAAACUCAUCAUGGACUGAUUGUUGCAUCAGUGUCUAGUCACUUAUUUAGGUGAGCUAUAAACAAUGCAAUAUACAUUUUUAGUCUCUAGGUAGUAUAUGAUAAAACCACAGUUCUAACAUAUUAAAGUGCUAUAAUUUACUUGAAUUGCUGAUUGAUAAAUAGUUGUAAUAUUUAAUAAUCAAGUCUGUGUGAAUAAUAAGCUGUAAAAAAAAAAAAAUGUUCGUACAAAUCACAGCUGAAACUUGUUAAAAUUAUGGCUAAAAACAUUUUCACUCGUUAUUGUGAUAUUUAUAUGUUAUGUAAUGUCAGCAACUCAAUUUCAUUUUAUUCAGUGAUUGGUUAUAACAUUGUAUUUGAAUAAAAUGCCCGAGUACAUGUAUAUAUUUAUAUAUGUAUAUAUUAAAAAAAAAAAAAUGGUAUUUAAAGUAAAAAGAACAUAUACAAGUAUGUGUUGUGCUAUAGCAGUUUAACGGGAAUUUCUGUUGACCCCUAAUGAGUUACCUAUUUUUGUUUGUUCAAUACCGCCUUUAAUAUUUUAUUUGAAUUAUGAAAUUAAUUAUUAUAAAUGUGAUAAACGUUUUAAAUGUUCAGUGCAAUUAAAAAAAAAAAAAAAUGGCAACAACAAAACAAAUUAUUCAAAUACAUAUGUUUAUGACCUUUCUCUAAGUUUUAAUUUAAGUGUAAACAUUGUGAUAUGGAACAAUAAUAUUUUUAAGGUUUACUUACCAUAUGUGUUACGCGUAGUAAGCCUUCAUAUGUGUUGUACCUAAUGAAUAUGUGUAACUAUUAAUAAGGUUAAUUUUAUAAAAUACGGUGCAAUGACACGUGAUGGGUAAUAAAAAAAAAAAAACAAGGAACCAGUUUAUGAUUUUCACACCAAACAA